AUGACAGAUGCUGGAGACACCAGUGCCGGGCACGUGCCAUCCAGUGCUGGUACUGCGAGGGUCACGGCUUGCUUCACCUGCUGCCCAGGUGACCAGCGGUCGGAUGCCAGGUUGGACCGUCCUUCGGAAGAGGCCCUGGCAGAAGAGUUCAAGUCGGAUCAAGGUCUGGCUGCGGAAGAUGCCAGGCAACUCUCCCUUCUGCCGGAGAAGCCCAGACACACGCAGGAAGCGGUGGAGCCAUCUCAGCCGCGAAUGGCGCUUGUGGAGGUGCAGCAAGUUUGCCCCAUCUUUGAGCACGAGCCCGACGACGAGGUUCCUCCAGCAGAGGUUGGGAGCCUUGCCCCGGAAUAUGAGUGGGUACCGAAGCCCAGAGCAUCCAUCGUGCAGGCCAUGCCGAGGAAAAGGAAUUCGAUCUCCAUCAGGCCGCCGCCGCCACGUGGCCUUGUGGCACGGAAGCUCGGGGAUCGGUACGAUUCUGCCUUCAUCCACUGCACCCGCAGAGUCAUCACAUCGCGGGCGUGGGACGUGGCUUCCAUGCUGGUUGUGCUUUGUGCUCUCUUCCUCACGGACAUCUACGGCGUGGCUCAGGCUCCAGAGAACACCUCGCUGGACUUGCUGCUGAUGGGCUGCUUCUUUUUCUUCCUGGCCGAGCUGCUCGCCAACACGCUGACAGUAGAGUCAUACCUCAACAGCUUCUUUUUUUGGAUGGACAUAAUCGGUACUGCCUCAAUCAUCUUCGACAUCUCGAUGUUUCUGGGCAGGGAUGUCACGCAGAGAGAAAGGUCUGGGGAGCAGGCUGUGGGAAGCGAAAAUGCCUGUGACCCAGUUGGCCGAGCAGUAUUGCUGGUGAGGCGGUCUUUGCCCGUGCCUCUCGGGCAGCAAAGCAAGCGGCACGUGCUGGUCGAAUGCUUCGCCCUUGGAUUGGAACUGUGCUUGGGAGUAUAUCUGUAUGAGUGCCACUCAGUGCUAGCUUGUCGGACGCGUUUCGAGUCUUGCAGCAGGGAGUCCCGUGCAGUCUUUGCGAGCAACCGUGGACAGCGGCAGAGCGUGUAA